AUGGCUAAUCCAUUUGAUGACGAUUAUAGAAGCAGCAGUGCCACAAGAAACACCAAAUUAAAAAGCUAUACACAUACGGAUAAUAUAGAGGAUGAAGCUGAUUAUUACGAAAAGGAGAUUGAAAAGUAUAUGCAAGAAUCUCUCGAUAGUACGGAAAGAUCUAAGCGUCACUUAGAAAAUUCGGAAAAAAUCGGGACACAAACUGCGCAGGAUUUACUGGAACAACGUGAGAAGCUGGAAAGAACGGAGCGCAAUUUAGACGAGAUACAUAGAACGACGCAGGUAACUCAGCGUAAUCUUAAUAGUCUAAAAUCGGUGUUUGGUGGAUUUUUUAAGAACAAGUUUAGCCGUAAACCGCCGGAGUCAAUUGCUGAGAUGCCGCAAUCUAAAUCGGCAUCGAAAUUGUCCGAUACUGUGGGAGAUCUGAAUACAGGCGGGUCUUCAGCGUCUUUCUCAGGAAUGAGUAGUGCUGGACAGCCAACGUUGAGCGAGUCCAGCAGGAAUGCGAUUAAAGGAACUCGGUGGGAGGCAAUGGAUAACCAGAUUGAUGAGAAUCUCGGUAAUUGCUCGUUUAGAUUCUGUUUUGUCAUAAUUUAUAACUUACUGCCGAUGCUAACGAAUGUGUUCUUCCUAGACGUUAUGUCGAAGAAUCUCCGCAACUUGCGACGUUUGGGUGAAGACCUAGGACGUGAAGUCGACGAGCAAAAUCAGAUGCUUGAUAGAAUACAAACUAAAGCUGAUCGUAAUGAUGCCAUAGUACGUGUACAGGAUAAACAGGUUCGCAAAAUUUUUAUAAAUGUUUUUAGGGAGCUAUGUCUCUUUCAUCUAAUUGUACCUAAUGUUUUUGUUAUUUUGCCAGUUUAA